AUGACUAGAACAAAAUGGGGCACCACGAAUGAAAUGCUAAUUAACGGAAAAGUGUUUAAUUACACAAUACCAAACAACACUUUCGAUCAACAAGAAACCGCUACCAGAUAUGAGGUUUCCGAUUAUAACAGUGGUAGCUCUACACUACCAUCUUGGCUAUUAUUUGAUCAAUCUGCAGGCCGAUUUACUGGGUUUCCUACUAGUGGCGAUGAAGGUAGCUAUAGGUAUCGUAUCGUAGCUAUCAGUAUGCAAGGUACAACCAAUCAAUUAACUGCUGAAACAGAAGUGACUAUAAUCGUUAGUAAUGGUGCAUUACCACUACGGAAAAUAAGUUAUAUUGAACGUGAGAAUAAUGCGUGUCCUAGAAGUGAAAAGGUUCGCGUUGUCAAUAUCGUAUUACAAAUGAAUGUACCUGGUUUAACUGGGCAAGCACGAAUAUCUUUAAUAGAAAAAUUAGCAUCGAGAUACCAACUUCAUCGCAGUAGAGUUUAUUUACAUCAUGGCGACAAGGGGGUGCCGAUAAUUGGCCAGAGCUAUAUUGAAGCUAGUACAUCUGGCUCAAGUAAUACACUUAAAGGUACCGUAAGUUGGGUUAUAGGUUGUGAAAACGUCAUGACUGGAUCACAAUAUGGAAUCACCAUUAGAAAACAUAUAGCCGAUGGUACGUUUAGUCAAACUGUUGGUAAUUCCAUUGUUGGGUAUAAUUUCGUACUGGGAGUGCCUGUUGAAGAUGCAGUAAGUGCAACUGCGUCAUCCGGCAGUAGCUCAUCUACAACGACGAUUAGCUAUAGCUUACGCGCGACACCAUUAGUAACUGUUGGAUUGCCUUCUAGCUCUGCUGUUAAAAGUAGUUAUAUGCUUACUCCGGUUCCCAGUCAAUCUUUACCAAAGGCCAGCAGUAUCGUAACAAGUAGUGUUACAAUUACAACUUCUGUAAAUCAACAAAUAACAGCCACACCGACGUCUCCAACGACUGAUGUAUCUAUUGCACCAACAACUACAACACAAGAAAAACCAAAAGUUGAUAAUCCAAUUGGUACAAUCGUACUAAGAGCAGGCUUUAUUUACCGAUUUUCAAUCCCAGUUAAUACUUUUUCUGACAAGGAAGAUGGGAAUACACGACAACUAUCUUUAAAUUUAUUUUAUGCUAAUAAUUCUGCUGUAUCUCAGUGGUCUUGGUUGCAACUCGAUAAAAUAAGGCAACAACUGUAUGGGCUACCAAUGACUAGUAAUGUUGGUAGACAUCUAUAUCAAUUAGAAGCUAGUGAUUCACGUAACCAAAUGGUUAGGGACCCGAUCGAAGUUACAGUACAACGAACUGAACCUCCUAAGCUAAUUCUGCAGUUAUUAUUAGAAGUAACUUACGAUCGCUUUGCCACCGAUUUAGCCCUAAGGAUUGCAGUGAUGGAGGAUAUUAGCCGCAUUGUAGGAGAUAGGAAUGUUAUGCUACAACUGGAUGACUUCCGUUACGAUGGCUUUCGUAGCACUAGGGUUCGCUAUUCUAAUUACACUUUAAAUGCAAAAGCGUGUGACGUAAAUGCUUACUCUUCAAUCAUCCGUAAAAUAGAAAGUAUAAAAAGUGUUUCCAGUAUUGAAGUCUAUAGAGCAUUAGGUGUUAUUAAUUGUGUACCAGAAACUUCGGCUACGCCAACAGUUAUUACUGAUCGUCAACCCACUGCAACAUCUUUGCCAACAAAUAAGCCUCCCGUAGUCAUGCAGAGUCUUGGUCAACUUGAUGCGUACGCUGGGCGAAUUUUUGAAUUUCAAAUCCCUGCUGAUGUAUUUCUCGAUGCCGAAGAUGGAAAUACAAGAAAUCUAUCGCUAGCGCUAUUGACAGAGAAUGCCAUUGCUGUUAAAUCUUGGAUAACUUUAAGAGGCAAUCGAUUGAUUGGCCUUCCCUUAGAAGGAGAUGCAGGAAUUAAACGCUUCCUCUUACGUGCCACUGACAGCCGUAAUGCGAUAGGUUAUGAUUCAUUUAAUAUUAAAGUUAAUCCUCUACCUCAACAAUAUAACUAUAUUAUGUCGAUGUUGUUGGAUUUAAAUUACGACGUUUUUAUGGCAAAUUUAACAAGACGUAUUAAUCUGGUAACCGAGAUUGCAAAGUCUUUUCAGGAAAGUAUCGUAAAAAAUCUUUGCUUACGAUCUAUCACUAGUGGCUCAGUAAAUAUUUCUUGGACAAACGUCGCCCUGGAUGCAUUGCCUUGCAAUGCAAGCAUUUAUGAAAGUCUUUCACGGAAUUUGAGCAGUCUUCGUAGUAAUCCAGUCUUUAAUACAGGAGCAUAUCCUGUAACAGGAAAUAAUAUUAAGCCAUCUGCUGAAUGUUCUGCAGUUGUUACAGUUACUGUUCCUACUGUACAACCGUCUGUUAAUUGGAUCGGCACUGUUCUACCUGCAACUUUAUCAGCGUGCUUAUUUAUUAUUUUGAUAUUGAUCAUAUUCUUUAUGUAUAGAAAUGGUAAACUCUUUGGUAAUAAAAGGAAUAAGAGUGAAAAAGCUUUGAAAGCAUCUGGAGGGUCUAGUAGCUCUUUGCCGAACACGGGGAAAAUAGUACGAGAUGAUGAUGAUGCUGACGAUAUUCCCGAUCGUCAUAAUAAAUCUAUGGGAACUAAUCUUAAUAGUAUAUUGUUAAUGGAAGACUUUAAUCCUGAUUCUCCAAAACCGCCACAAUAUUAG